CUCUUUGUAAUUUUUCUGAAAACCACUGCCACUACACACCACCACAUACAACAUGGGCCGAAUCUACACCUGCGCCAUCUGCGGCGUGUGCGAGAGAAAGUACAUGGUGCCGCCGCCCACCGACGCCUUGCUGGCGGCAUGGAGAGACGCUGAGUUCCUGAGCAACAUGCGCAUCCUUAACCUGCUAACCGGCAUAACCGACGAAAGCGAGCGGUGGUCAAGCGAUCGCUCGACGCACAUCGCCUACGCCAAAAGCGAGUCGAAGCUGAGCUUCAUUGGCUUCAUGCUGUCGCGGUUCCAAUUGACAAAAACAGUGCCGCGGAUUCCAGUCGACGGUCUGCUGCUUGACGACUUCGCACAGUACCUGGUGGUCGGGCAGCCAGCACACCAUGUCUGCUUGGAGAUUCUGUGCAGUGAGCUUCAGCGGGCGCAGGUAGCGUGGACUUUCACAGGCAUUGCGCUGAAUGUGUUCACGCGUCCGCUUGCCUGUCAGAAGACUGUUGACGAGCAGCUGUUUGCUGAGCGGCUGGAGGCCUGCAUGAACAAUGGGCAGCUGCCAGAGUUUGCGGAGCUUGGGUUUAUGGUCAGCUGUCCGAUGUCGAUCCCGGAGCCGCCCAGCAGCGCAAAGAUCGUCGGCGCCGCUGGAUACUGCGCGCUAGCCGCUCCCGAGUCGCCUUGCCAUCAGCAGCUGCAGUCGCCGCUGCUCUGCCUACCCGCCGAGUGCCAGGUGGAGGUGCUGCGGUACGUGGACAUGCAGUCGCUUACUGCGCUGCGUAGCACAUGUAGACAGGCUGUGAAGAUGGCUGGCUUCUGGCGUGCGCUGUUCUUGGCCACGUACGAGUGGUCGCCGGUGCAGAGCACUGAUUGGCGUGCAUAUUACAAGACGUGCAGAAGCAGCCGAAAUAAUCUGCGGAAUCGGGGGCGGAUCCAGCGGAUCUGCCAGCUUGCCGUAAACGAGUUUGGCAGGUGGGACUCGCCGCUGGACAACGAGAGUGCAGCGAAUGCAGCAGCAUUUUUGCGCGACAUCAAUUACACCAGUCCAUAGCGCGAGUUUGCGGGUAAUCCGUCGCGUUUUAGGUAGUAAUGUCUAUCUUUUUCGGGUGCGGCAUGCAUAUA